AUGGUGAUGGCGGCCAUAGACGAAGCCAUUCAUGGACUUGAUGGCGUCCUAACUUACCGGGAUGAUGCCAUUGUUUUUGGUGCAACGAAAGCCGAACAUGACAAACGCCUCACUAAUCUCCUGGAACGUUUCACCCAGAAGAACGUGCCGAUUCGUGCUUCCAAGUGCAUGUUCAGUUCUCCAGAAUUGGAGUUCAUGGGCUUCACAGUUGAUGAAAAAGGCUAUCACCCUGAUACAAGUCGCUUUCGUCCACUGACUGAACUGGAGUCACCAAGAGACAAAAACCAACUCAGAUUCAUCAUGGGAUGCCUCAAAUACUAUUCGCGUUUCAUCCCUAACUUCGCCACAAAAGUUCAACCGCUGUUUGCCUCCCAGUCAAGUGCAGACUGGAAAUGGAUGGCCGAGUGUGAACGAAUUCUGCAUGAAACCAUACAGAUGAUAACAAACCGACCGGUUAUCGCCUCGUUCUCUCCGACGAAACGUUCAACUCUGAUCACGGACGCAUUAGACGUGGGCAUUGGUGCUUUACUCCAACAAGAUGGAUGUCCGAUUAUCUGCAUUUCUCGUCUACUGAAUGCAGCAGAACGAGGAUAUUCGCAAGCGCAGAAAGAAGCGUUGGCUGUCUACUGGGCCUUCAGGCCAGGUCAGGUCACAGGACUUGCGGCUGAUGCCAAUUUGAGUCCAGGUUCUUUCACCGAAAGCGUAUCUUUUGCCUACAUGUGCUUCGAGGAUCCUUUGCGAGGCGACUUUUGGGCCCGUCGGUGCCAACUUGGGCAACUUUCCGGUUCAGGUGCUACUUCUGCAGCUGAUACAGUUUAA